AUGGCUCCCGUUCCGGAAGCCUAUUUCCCGUCCCUGGACAAGUGCUUUUCCGGGGACGUCCAGCUUCUGUCCUGGAAGAGAGCAUUUCUUUACACAUGCAACCCCGAAGAUGACGUAGACGACACCGGCAGUCUCUAUGCUUUCUUGUCGCACCCGGAAAGCGUUCAGCUUCUUGCAAAUUGUUUAGACGGGUUCGCCUCCUCUUCGGCAAAAACAAAGUCAGACUUUGAAUCGAAAACGGCUGCGAUCCAUGCGGAGACCACAGCGCAAGCUUCAUAUAACCUAAAGGAACUCAAAGAAGACGCCUUGUGGCUGAGCCAGAAAGCCGGCAUUGACGAAAUCAGCGCCCUGAGAAUUGCAGUCUUAGAAUGGCAAAACCGCCCUGUCACACGCCUUCUGUCUGGAUUCUCUGAAGAGGAAUCUACAAGUUUGCAAAGCGCAGCUGGUGUCGAGAACUUUCGCAUGUCGCUGGCUGGGCCCAGUUUUGCUGAAAUUUUCAGUCAGAAAGUCGGUCGUGAGGACAAUGGCUCGGGAUUUGUUUCUGAAGAAAGUAGGCAUCUGCGCCUGCGAGAGCUCUACUUGUCGGAAAGGGCACACAUUAUAAAGACGGCUCGGAGGCUACUCGCUCUCUCCCUGCACAGCGACGUCAACGAACCUGCUCCGCAAAAGUCCGAACGGAAACGAAGCGACUUGUUGUGCCAAUUGGGUACGACACUCUUCAACAACAAGCUUGCCGGUGAUAAACGCCACACUCUCAUUCAAGCAUGCAUAACAGCUAUCCAAGUUCGCCUUUCGGCAUUGGAGGGAGAUGGAGGAUGGCUAGGACUCGCUGAGAGUAGCGAGGGCGUGGAAGAUUUGUGGCGAACGGCUCUCGUUGAAGAGAUAUUGCACAUUGUGCAAAUUCUGUUUCUACAGCUUCAAUCAUCUGCGGAGCUCCCUUCCGCCGAUGUUUUCGUGUCCUGGCUUCGUCUCAUGGGCGAUUACAACUUCCUUGAGCCACUCCAAAUCCCAUGCCAGAAUCCGCAAGAGGUAUUACUCCCUCUUCAAGCUUUUGUGAGCUUGACGACCCUUGCGUUCAUGAAGCUACCGCUUACUAUUCCCUCCAUCAUAAAUAAAACUCCUACACCAGAGUCUAAUACGAAACCACCAUAUUUUCUCUCGAAGGAUGAGAUUGGUCAGGUGAAUGAGAUUUUUGUUUCUGCAGUGGUGGAGUCCAAAGUUGCAAGCCCCGCGGCGUUCGCAUGGGGACUGGUUUUAAACACUAUGAGAGAGCUUGCCCUCAACGACAAAGAGAACCGAGAGUUGGAACAGUUUCACAGCGCAGUUGACUCAUUUCAAUCGAAUACUCCUCAAUCUACCGCAGGCGGAGCUUCAGAAAUUUCACUUUAUGAGGAGUUGUUAGAGUGCGCACGAACUCCGAAGUACACGGCUGAUGAUUCUAUAACCCUGUUGACCUCGGAUGAAGUGAGGGUCAUGGCUUAUGAGAUCACCAUGAAUCUGGCUACCAAAGUUGGCUCCACAUCUGCAGUUGACGACAUUUUAACGAACUGCUGGGCUCGAACGGUGCUACUGGAUCUCAUCCGAGUGGCUGUGGUGUACUUAGAUUAUUCGCCCGAAAUUGUGGAAUCCGUUCUGGCAAUCCUUGUGGGCUCAUCCUCAGAACAUCUAUGGCCCAGGAAUAGCCUUGCUUCGUCUUCUAGUGACCCACGGUGUAUUUUCAUCAAGGAUGACCUCUUGAUGGACAAUAUCUUUCGACUAGCCCGGUCGCGAUUCCCUUAUGAGACAGUGCCGUUUUUGAAACUCUGCCGCGCUCUUAUUAGCAAAGACCUAGUUAACGACGAAGGGAUCCCAGAAAUUCUCAAUGAAAUGGAGAACAUGGACACAUUUACUCAGGCCUUGCCGCCUGAUUUCCAAGGGUACGAGACGAUACGGGAGGAUGAGAACGCAAACUUCGUCACUCUCGUUGAAUCCCUUCCUAUGAUUGGCUUAUCCCCUCGAAGACAGUUAUCUGAAAAUCAAACCAGCAAUGCUCUGGUUGUCACGGGCUCAUCUCAAGUUCCGUCUACCACGAUUGGGCAAGUCGUGUCCGAGUCAAGGCCCGCUGUUAUCAUGUGGCAGCACCGGUAUUCUUCAUUAAGCUACCUAGGAAGCUGGCUAGAGGAAUGGAAUGAGAACGGAGGAUAUUCAGCAGGAUGGGGAGAGGACUCUAUCGCGGAAAUCAUAGGGCUCUUGGCAGAUCUCCUCAGUACCUCUAAGGAUACACAACGUCAAAAUGGCGAUGACUCAGGCGCUAAGAGAAUCUUGGAAAUGGCAAGCGAUGGGUUAGCCCGUCAGAGCGAUAUUGUUUCAGUGGUACUCGACAUUCUCGAACGCAAUCUGUCUCAUAUCGGACCUAGAGCAGGCUCUGAGAUUGUUUUGGAUUCCGUUAUUGCCUGUCAGCGGUUUAUCACCGCUCUUAUUGAAGUUUUGCCUGGCAGAGUAUGGCCAUUCCUGUCUCGGAGCAGCCUCUUUGGUUCUGAUGGCAAAGGCGGCAUCAUGACCGCAGUCAUCUCCGCCCUCGAGGUCACAUCAGGCGAAUAUCCCUUCCUCCUUAGCUGCGUACGUUUUUUCGAGUCCAUUGUUGACGACGCUGCCUCUCGUGCUGUUUUGAGGAGAAGCCCCAAUAGCAUAAUGGGCAAGACCGCAGCCGUUUCUGAUUGGACUGCUGGCGUCCCAUCCCAUAUGAUGAGAGGAGUCCUCUUGGACUUUGUUCGAAUCAUGGUCGAAGUGUAUAACAGCAGCAUCAAUUGGCGAUUUAACUCCCCAGCGCAGAGAUUUGAGAUCAACGCGGCACUUGCCAAGACAUUCGAAAGAAUCCUCUACUAUGCUUAUGGCACGAAUGACAGUACUAAACUGGAUGCGAAGGUUACUGGUGUGUUCUCGUCCUCAGCGACGUACCUCCUGGAUGUUUUACGACCGCAUUCGAUGAGUGAUCUCCCUUUCAACCCGAUCCUUCGACUCAUUGCUGAUGGCCUUCAAACCCCGCCCUCAUUAUACCUUCGGUACUUAACACUAGUAGAAAGGCAAGUCAAUUCGACACUCAUACUCUCAACCAGACUUUUACAAGCUGCCCAGCUACUCGAUACACCGCCGUCAUUACUAGAAGAGCAACUGUUCAAGGCAGCUCCAGUUCUCGUCAAACUAUAUGCACUGCAUGACGCCUACCGACUACCUAUUAUAUCUCUUCUAAACACACUUAUCACAGGCGCUGCUUUGAAUUCUGACAAAGAGCCACCGUCCCUGAUUGGUCAUUUGGGAGCCGAGUCAUCCUGUCUCUUUCUCGAUAUCCUAUCACAAUUUGACAGGCCGUUGAGUGAUCGAAACCUACAUUUGGGAAUAUGGCAGCUAUUGUCAACAUUUGUCACCAAACGUCAGCAAUGGCUUGCGGUCUAUAUUCUUACCGGAUCCUCUCCUCGUCAAACACUGAGAAAGACCGACGAUCAAAAGGCCCCGGCUAUGAGAGGAACGCCCUUUUUGAAGAUUGCUCUGGAUACACUGUCAAACAUCGACCAAGUUGAUCUUCAGGUAGCUCUUGCGUUGCUAGAGUUUGUCUCUCAUGCCCAGGAAAACUGGCCUUGGGCCACCUCUGAGCUGAGAAAGCACUCACUGUUUUUCACCAGCCUCGUGCAAUAUGUCUCGAAGUUGAAGAUAGCGUCAUUAUCUGUGGUAGAUCAGAUAUUCACUACACGAAUUGCAGCUGUCGUCGCUGAUCUCUGCACCGUGUAUUUACAUUCCGCAAAAGAAAUGCAGGAUCGGUCCUUCUACAAGACUUUGAUUCCUCUUGUAUCUUGGUACGCGAAGGAUGCAGUUGAGGUCUCGGGGUACAAUGCCUCACUACACGCCAACUUGAAGAAGAACUUUGAGAUGAGGUAUUCAGGCUGCAAGCUCGCUGAUUUUAAAAGGACGACAUUGCAGCCUCGCACCCUGGGCGGUGAUUAUUGUUAUGAUAUUCGCCUCGGCGAAAAGCUUCUCUCUUACGAUUUUGCAUGGGCAGGAACCCGAAACCAAGGGUUUAGCCAGGAGUUCGAGCGCGCUAAUCUCAAUCUGUCACUGAUUGAGGCUAAAGUGUCGCUCCUCCAUAGUUGGAAAUUCUUCGCCAUCGAGCAUUGUUCAGAUUUUAUGAUGGAUCGCGAGGUUCAAAAAUCGAUGGCUGUGGUCGUACAGAGAUGUCUUGAGGCCAACACCAAUGGCGUCCCACAAGAAGCAAUCUUCGCGCGUAUUCAACAAACCCGAGUAGAUUUUGCACAGGUUCUACUCCAGCGACUUGUCGAGAUCGGAUCCCGAGGUGCUGAAGUUUUUGGUCUGCUUGGAGUCGUAUGGGAUGCAUUACGCUCUCGCCGCGCAACGUAUGAGGACGCAAUCAUCAAUGACGAUACCGAGUAUUACCGGUCUCUUCUCAAUGUGCUUUUCCUCGCCCUUCAGUUCCACCAUGACUCACCUUCGCGCACAGCGCCCGAAACGCUCAGUAAGAAAGCUGAGGUAUCAUCUGACUUGGGACUGGUGGUCGAAAUUGUAAAGACUGUGGUUGCUCAAGGGUUCAAGUCUUUGACUGCGUACUUGCACGAUCAACCAGAGAAAUGCACACCGAAGGACUUUGCCAUCAUAACGGCCAUUUUGCAAAGCUGCUUGCAGGUGAAGAAUGUUGAUCGCGUAUACGAGCAUAUUGUUUAUCAUAUUGCGGAUAACGAUACGGGUCGCCAUGCAACUUCUCUAUUUUCGUGGGCUGAUCAAUUAGCUGUGGCUGGCGAUCCCAUCUACGGAGAACUCAGUAUUUCUUUCCUUGUUAAACUAUCAACCAUACCCAUGCUGGCAGAACACCUCGCCGUCGAAGUGGUCUUGGUCAGACUCUCUACAUGCCGGCUGACAAACAUUCUGCGACAACCCAAAGGCUUUGGCCCCUUUGAUACUGUGCCUAGGAUGUACGCUAUCUGGACCGGCGGUAUCCUUCCCCUUUGCCUGAACCUCCUCUACCACGUUAUUCGCACAGCGCCCGAAGUGGCGGCCUUCCUCAACCAAUUCGAGGGCCAACUUACGCGGGCGUCCGAGGCGUUUGCUGCCGACCGCACGGCUGGGUCUACGGCCCGACGCAUCUGUCUGAGCAUGACAUCCGAGGCGUACUCACUAGCACUGAUCUCCUUUAUAUUGGGUCGAUUCCGCCAAGCAGGACCUAGUGCCGGCAUGGAUGCUGAGUCCAUCCAGGAACUCAAAUGGGACAGAGCGCACGUGAAGGAAGACAUUGAAGAUCUCCUUGAACGGAGACAACUCCUCCGAGCACGGAUCGUGGCCACGAACGACAAGGAAGCGGAGCUGGUACGCCAGAAACCAUUGAAUGCUUCGUCGGGGGCCGAGAACCGACUGGAGGAGAAGAUCGUGAGCGAGUUGAAAGCCACACUGGUCUGUCUUGGAGGAGAGGAGGCGUAA